AGGCCGGAGUCCCGCGUUUGUCGCUCCCUCGCCUAGCGCCGGCGCGCGCACUGUCUGCCCUUGUCCCGGGGAGGGCAGACCCGCUGGGGCUGUCGCGCCACCUGGGGUGGGAGCGGGCUAGCGGCAGAGGGAGGGGAGGAGGGAGGGAGGGCGCGCGGGCGGCGACAGCGGCCCCUUCCCUCCCCCUCCCGCCGCCGCGGAGAGGGAGCAGCCGGGGGCUCGGCGGCGGCGGCGGCGGCGUCUGGCCCCAGCUCCUCCCCCCCCUCCUCCUCCGUCUCUUUCUCGCUCCCUCCAUCUGCCGUGGUUAUGGCCCGCCGCUGGAGCACAAAAGAGUCUCCGCGGUGGAGGUCUGCGUUGCUCUUGCUCUUCCUCGCUGAGGUGUACGGAAAUGGUGCUCUUGCAGAACAUCCUGAAAAUGUGCAUAUUUCAGGAGUGUCAACUGCUUGUGGAGAGACUCCAGAACAAAUUCGAGCACCAAGUGGUAUAAUCACGAGCCCAGGCUGGCCUUCUGAAUAUCCUGCCAAAAUCAACUGUAGCUGGUUCAUAAGGGCAAACCCAGGGGAAAUCAUUACUAUAAGUUUUCAGGAUUUUGAUAUUCAAGGGUCCAGAAGAUGCAGUUUGGACUGGUUGACGAUAGAAACAUACAAGAAUAUUGAAGGUUACAGAGCUUGCGGUUCCACAAUUCCACCUCCAUAUAUCUCUUCACAAGAUCAUGUCUGGAUCAGGUUUCAUUCAGACGACAGCAUCUCUAGAAAGGGUUUCAGACUGGCAUACUUUUCAGGGAAAUCUGAGGAACCAAACUGUUCUUGUGAUCAGUUUCGUUGUGGUAAUGGAAAGUGUAUACCAGAAGCCUGGAAAUGCAAUAACAUGGAUGAGUGUGGAGAUAGUUCUGAUGAAGAGAUCUGUGCCAAGGAAGCUAAUUCUCCAACAGCUGCUGCUUUUCAGCCCUGUGCUUACAACCAGUUCCAAUGUCUUUCCCGUUUCACCAAAGUUUACACUUGUCUCCCUGAAUCCUUAAAAUGUGAUGGGAACAUUGACUGCCUCGACCUAGGAGAUGAGAUAGACUGUGACGUGCCAACUUGUGGGCAAUGGUUAAAAUAUUUUUAUGGUACUUUCAAUUCUCCCAAUUAUCCAGACUUUUAUCCUCCUGGAAGCAAUUGCACUUGGUUAAUAGACACUGGUGAUCAUCGUAAAGUCAUUUUGCGCUUCACUGACUUUAAACUUGAUGGUACUGGUUAUGGUGACUAUGUCAAAAUAUAUGAUGGAUUAGAGGAAAGUCCACACAAGCUUUUGCGUGUGUUAACUGCUUUUGAUUCUCAUGCACCUCUUACGGUUGUUUCUUCUUCUGGACAGAUAAGGGUACAUUUUUGUGCCGAUAAAGUGAACGCUGCAAGGGGAUUUAAUGCUACUUACCAAGUAGAUGGCUUCUGUUUGCCAUGGGAAAUACCCUGCGGAGGUAACUGGGGGUGUUAUACUGAGCAGCAGCGUUGUGAUGGAUAUUGGCAUUGCCCAAAUGGAAGGGAUGAAAUCAAUUGUACCAUGUGCCAAAAGGAAGAAUUUCCAUGUUCCAGAAAUGGUGUGUGUUAUCCUCGUUCUGAUCGCUGCAACUAUCAGAAUCAUUGCCCAAAUGGAUCAGAUGAAAAAAACUGCUUCUUUUGCCAGCCAGGAAAUUUUCAUUGUAAAAAUAAUCGUUGUGUGUUUGAAAGCUGGGUAUGUGAUUCUCAAGAUGACUGUGGUGAUGGGAGCGAUGAGGAGAACUGCCCAGUAAUUGUGCCUACCAGAGUCAUAACUGCAGCCGUCAUAGGGAGCCUUAUUUGUGGCUUGUUACUCGUCAUUGCACUGGGAUGUACUUGUAAGCUUUAUUCUCUGAGAAUGUUUGAACGAAGGUCUUUUGAAACACAGUUGUCAAGAGUGGAAGCAGAAUUGUUAAGAAGAGAAGCCCCUCCCUCUUAUGGACAAUUGAUCGCUCAGGGUUUAAUACCACCAGUUGAAGACUUUCCUGUUUGUUCGCCUAAUCAGGCUUCUGUUUUGGAAAAUCUGAGACUUGCUGUACGAUCUCAGCUUGGAUUUACUUCAGUCAGGCUUCCUAUGGCAGGCAGAUCCAGCAACAUUUGGAAUCGUAUUUUUAAUUUUGCAAGAUCACGUCAUUCAGGAUCAUUGGCUUUGGUCUCAGCAGAUGGAGAUGAGGUUGUCCCUAGUCAGAGUACCAGCAGAGAAUCUGAAAGAAGUCAUACUCACAGAAGUUUGUUUUCCUUGGAGUCUGAUGAUACAGACACAGAAAAUGAGAGAAGAGAUGCAGCAGGAGCAUCUGGUGGCGUUGCAGCUCCUUUGCCCCAAAAAGUCCCUCCCACAACAGCAGUAGAAGCAGCAAUAGGAGCAUGUGGAAGUUCCUCAACCCAGACUACUCGAGGUGGUCAUGCAGAUAAUGGAAGGGAUGUGACAAGUGUGGAACCCCCAAGUGUGAGUCCAGCAAGUCACCAGCUUACAAGUGCACUAAGUCGUGUGACUCGGGGGCUACGUUGGGUACGUUUUACAUUAGGGCGAUCAAGCUCCAUAAAUCAGAACCAGAGUCCUUUGAGACAGCUUGAUAAUGGGGUAAAUGGAAGAGAAGAAGAUGAUGAUGUUGAAAUGCUAAUUCCAGUUGCUGACGGAGCUUCAGACUUUGAUGUGAAUGACUGCUCCAGACCUCUUCUUGAUCUUGCCUCAGAUCAAGGACAAGGGUUUAGACAACAAUAUAGUGCAACAAACCCUGGAGUAAGGCCAAGUAAUCGAGAUGGCCCCUGUGAGCGCUGUGGAAUUGUCCACACUGCCCAGAUACCACACACUUGCUUAGAAGCAACAAUGAAAAAUGAAACGAGUGAUGAUGAGGCUUUGUUACUUUGUUAGGUACGAAUCACAUAAGGGAGAUUGUAUACAGGUUGGAGCAAUAUCCAUUCAUUUUUUUGUAACUUUACAAUUAAACUAGUUUUAGUUUAAAAAGAAAAAAGAUGCAGGGUGAUUUCUUAUUAUAGGUUAGCCUGCAUGGUUAAAUUAAACAACUUGUAACUCUAUGAACUUAGAGUUUACCAUUUUAGCAGCUAAAAAUGCGUUAUAUAUUCAUUUUGUUCAAUAAUGUUCUUUCAUUUGUUACUAAUUGUUUUUAUCCUGGUACUGUAGUUCACGGUAGAAAUAUGGCUGCUGAAACUCAUUUGACUGUCAUUUUAUCUAUCCUAUGUUAAAAGAUUUGUUUGUUCAAAAUAGUACCUCCUUUUAAUUGAACCUUUUAUGCUUUUGCCAAUACAUCUUGUAACUUAAUAUACUAGAUAUUAGGUUGUUAAUAUACAAAAAAAAACCCUUAUACUCACCUGUGUUUUUGUUUGUAUAACAAUUUGUCUAUUAUUGGAUUUUAUCAUAAUGUGAACUUGUCAAAGGGAAGAAAACUUUCUCUAAAAAUUUUUCUUUUAUGUUUAAACGUAGUGAUGUAAAUUUUAGGUAGAAUUAGGUAAAUUAAUGGCAGAAACAAAACUUUUAUAGAUUUUUCUAAUGUUGACUUUAUUACUCUAAUAUGGUACAAACCAAAUGUUAAAAUCCCAAGUCAUUUCUUUUUUCAUCUCUAUUUAAAGACAUCAUUAAGCAGAUGAAGAUAUUCUACUAUGCAUUAAAUCUUGAACUUUAUAAAAUAUGUACAAAAAUUGUACAAGAUAAGUUCCAACUGGUAAUGUCUUUCCCUAAUAUAGGGUUAUGCUUGUAUUGGACCCUAGGGAUUUGCACUAAAAUCGUAUCAAGGUCUCAGAUGAGUUUAGUGCACAAGCACUAUCACUUUAAAUACUAUUAUUUGCUACCACAAUGACUAUAUAUUUCCAUAGCUUUUAUGGGGGGUGGGAGGGCAUUUUUUAUUACAACUUGAAAAUGCUGUGCUGGUUUCAUAUUUAUUAGUUGUAUUUAAAGCUGCAUUAUUGUAAGAGUGAUUUUUUUCAAUAUAUUUUAUUCAUGGGGGUAUCAUGCUACAAUCUUGAAGAAAAGCAAAUUAAGAAAUCAUUCAGAUCACCCCUCUUUUUUAGGUAGAAUGAAUUGCAAAAUCCAGCAUAUUUUUAUUAUUGUCAGUUCCUAUUUAUUUAUUCUUCAGGUGUCUGUUUUAGUAGCUUAAUGAUUGAGUAUGAAAAAUGUAUCUGUGUGUGAUUAUUGCUAUUUAUUAAAUUUUAAAUAUUUUGCUGAAUGUCAUUUUAAAGCAUGUUUGAGGUCUUGUGUAUUUGUCGUGUUAUGCCGUCAGGAAGAACUGACUAAAAUGUUUUAAUAUGUAUCAAAAAUUAAAAUGAUUUUUUUCUAUUGCUUUGA